AUGUCUAUAAAAGAGCUCUACACAAAGGGUACCAAAAUAUGGCUACCAGAUGCAGAUGAAGUGUGGAAGUGUGCUACUUUGCUGGAUGAUUAUGUCGACCAGAAGGUACUAAAUGUUCAGCUGGAAGAUGGAAAGGAAUUAAAAGUGAAAAUAAAUUCACCCAACGACCUGCCCCAUUUAAGAAAUCCUGAAGUUCUCAUUGGUGAGAAUGACCUGACCUCAUUAAGUUACCUACACGAGCCUGCCGUACUGUACAAUCUGCAAGUUCGAUUUUGUGAACGAAAUUACAUUUACACGUAUUGUGGUAUUGUGCUGGUGGCCUUCAAUCCUUACCAGCAACUGCCGAUAUACGACAAUGGGACCAUCAGGGCGUACAGCAGCCAGGACAUGAACACCAUGGAUCCCCACAUAUUCGCCAUUGCCGAGGAAGCUUUUAAGAGAAUGAGCAGAUUCGAAGAGAACCAAUCCAUCAUUGUCUCUGGAGAAUCAGGAGCGGGCAAAACAGUCUCAGCCAAGUACGCCAUGAGGUACUUUGCCACAGUUUGUGGAGCUGAAGAUGAAACUCAGAUCGAGAAGAGAGUCCUUGCUACCAAUCCCAUCAUGGAGGCAAGUGCAUCAGAUGCUGUUACGCGUACCAUAAGUGUCAAUUUUUUAUUUAAAAUUAAUAAAAUACCUGCUAAGGCGAUCGGCAACGCGAAGACGACACGCAACGACAACAGCAGCAGGUUUGGCAAGUACAUCGAGAUUGGCUUCAGUAAGAAGGAGCACAUACUUGGUGCCAACAUGAGAACUUACCUUCUUGAGAAGUCCAGAGUUGUCUUUCAGGCACCAGAUGAGAGGAACUAUCAUAUCUUCUAUCAGCUCUGUUCGGCUGCUGACGAUCCUGCAUUCAAGCAGUUCCAUCUAGACAACUCUGAAGAGUUCCACUACACGAACCAAGGUUCCUCUACCAUCGUCGACUCCAUAAGUGAUUCUGAAGACUUCUUAAGUUUUUGUCAAGCGCUCAACAUAUUAGGAAUGAACCAGAUGAAGCAAGCACAAAUCUUCCGCAUACUCGCCGGCAUUCUUCACCUCGGAAACAUAACAUUCAAACAGGACCUCAAAUCAACUGAAGCUUGUUUCAUACCUGAAAAAGACAAGCACAUGUUGAUAACUUCGAAGUUGUUUGGUGUCGACAUGGAGCAGUUGAGUCACUGGUUGUGUCACAAGAAGAUGGUCACGGUAAAUGAAGUGCUGGCUGUACCUCUAACUGUCAAUCAGGCUAUUGCUGUCUUAUUUGCUGUGUUUGUCGUAGUUGUUGUGGCCGUUGUUGUUGAUGUGGCUGUCGUGGUUGUUGUGGUUGUCGUGGUUGUUGGGGCCGUCGUGGUUGUUGUGGCCGUUGUGGUUGUUGUGGCUGUCGUGGCUAAUGUGGCCAUUGUGGUUGUUGUGGCUGUCGUGGGUGUUGUGGUUAUUGUGGUAUUGUUGGCGGCAUUUUCUCGCGAUGCCCUCUCGAAGCACAUCUACUCGAACCUCUUCUUAUGGAUCGUCAACCAACUGAACAAGUCACUCUCAUCUGUCGGAAAGUCCAAUCAUUUUAUCGGAGUUCUCGAUAUUUAUGGGUUCGAGACUUUUGAAAUAAACAGUUUUGAACAGUUCUGCAUAAAUUAUGCUAAUGAAAAGCUACAACAACAGUUUUGUUUGCACGUAUUCAAGUUGGAGCAGGAGGAGUACGUACGUGAGCAGAUCGAAUGGUCCUUCAUCGACUUCUACGACAACCAGGCCUGCAUCAACCUCAUCGAGAGCAAACUCGGCAUCCUCGAUCUUCUUGAUGAAGAGUGCAAGAUGGUGAACGGGUCUGAUGAGAACUGGUGUCAGAAGUUGUACGUGAAGCAUUCGAAGAACAAGCACUUCUCGAAGCCGAGAAUGUCGCAGAACGCCUUCAUCAUCCACCACUUUGCCGAUGACGUCGUCUACCAGAUACAUGGAUUCCUCGAUAAGAAUAGGGACAGGGUCCUUGAGGAACAUAUCAACAUCUUCAAAGCUAGUGAGUACGAGUUGAUAGCAGAACUGUUCCAAGAUGACCCCCCACCAACUUCCACCACGUUGGCCGUGCCGAAGGUCAGCAACAGCAAGGUCAUGGUCAGGUCAUCGCAGCCGAACAUCAAGGGCAACGUUCCUCAUUCCAAACACUCGAAGACAGUUGGAUCACAGUUCAGUGAGUCGUUGAGUCUGCUGAUGGAGACGUUGUUCUCAACGACACCGCACUACGUCAGAUGCAUCAAACCUAAUGAUAGCAAGCUGCCUUUCACGUGGACGUAUUCAGAUUUCUUCAAGCGUUACAGAGUGCUGUCGCCAUCAUCCAAGAUGAUUGACAAGUCAAAUUUGAGGAAAACCUGUGAAGCUACUAUCGCCAAGUUAAUCAACGAUACAGACAAGUACCAACUCGGCAAGACGAAAAUAUUUUUCAGGGCAGGUCAGGUUGCCUAUCUUGAAAAAUUAAGGUCGGAUAAAUUGAAAUCUUGCAUCAUAAAGAUGCAGAAAGUCGUGAGAGGCUGGCUAAUGAGGAGGAAGUACCAGAAGAUGAAGAAACUCGCGCGUCUGCUUCAGACUUGUGCAAGAGGAUUAUUGGCCAGAAGAAAAGCUGAUUAUUUGAGGAAAUGUCGUGCUUCGACGUGCAUCCGUGCAGCCUGGUUAGCCUGCGUGUGCAGGAGGAAGUACUUAAAGAUGAGGAGUUCCAUCAUUAAAAUACAGUCGUACGGAAGGAGCAUGCUGGCUCGCAAGAACUUCUCAGAUUUGCACGUGAGGAUUCGUGUGUCAGUCAUUCAGAGGUUCGUACGUGGCUGGUACUGUCGGAGGAGAUUCAAGAUGGUCGUGAGGGGCAUCACGAAGGCGCAAGGUCUCGUCAGAAAGAUGAUGGCCAAGAAGCAACUCAGACGGUUGAAGAUUGAAGCAAAAUCAACUGAACACAUCAAAACGAAAGGACUUGAAAACAAAAUCAUCGAACUUCAACAAAAACUCGACGAGAAGGCGAAGGAGAUUAAUUUGCUGAAAGAGGAAAAGCAAACAACAGAAAACUUGAGGUCAGAGGUUAGCAAACUUCGUGACGCCAGAAAAACAUCAACUGCCAUGAUUGAUCACGUGGGCGUCUUGGAACUAAGGAUCGAUGCGCUGACUGAAGAACUGGAAGCCGAGAAAAAAGAAAAGGAAAGAUUGCUCCAUGAAAAGGAGGGGAUGAGGAGAGAAAAAGAUGGAGUGAGUGUCGCCUUUGGCUUCAGACAUGUCUGUUAUCAUAAUGUGACGAGGCGAAGGAUCGAAGAGGCGAACAUGAUGCUGAGGCACGAGAUAGAGAUGGAACGAACCAACCACCAACGCCUCAUCAAGGAACACACCAGAGUACAGCAGAGGUUGGACAACCUGCAGUCAGACAGCACGCUGUACGUGGGUACACCGAGGUCCAAGAGACACAGGAGAACACCUUCCAACCUCAGCGACUUCAGUCUCGAGUCUGAGGGUAGCGGUGGCGACAAGAACGAAGCGGACUCUGGGAUAGGUUGCGCCAAGAAGAAAGAUAGACAUUUAGAUAACGAAAAUGAUCUGUCGCCUGUCUCUGAAAAUUCAAUGACGAUAGACAAGAAUGAAGUUCCAUUGGUUAUGAAACUUCAAAGGAAACUACAGGAACUUGAGAUAGAGAACGCGAGCAUCCGUAACCAGUUGUCUCGUCUGCAAAAAGUGCUCACAGAAAGUGCAUCCAACUAUGACGUGAAAGGCGGCAAGACGAGACAACUCUUCGAUCAUUUUGAAGCGUUGAAGGAGGAGUUGAAGCACAAACACAACGAAGUAGCCAGGCUGAAAACAUUGCUCUUCAAGUCGCAGGAGCAACAAAUGCACAGCAACAAACUAGCAACUCCAACAACUUCCUCUCCCUCCAUGCCCUCCUCAUCACCAUCAUCAUCAUCAUCUUUAACAGCGAAACCAUCGAACGACGAAAUUAUCUUGAAUGAGGACGGCGAACUGAACAUGGCUUACGAAUCGCAGAAGAAACUUAAUCAACUGCUGGAAACGGAGUUGCAAAGAUUGCAGGAAAUUUCCAUGCUUCGAGAUCAGGAUUUCCUCAACCAAAUAGGUCAACUUAAUAAAGAUAUCGAGAAACAGAGGAAACUGAUUGACGAGAACAUAGAUCUUGCGGUUGACGCCAAACUCGAGGCCACUGUACUGUCAGAGGUCACCAGAGUAACCACCGAAAAUUUGAAAAAAUUCCCAUUUCAGUCACUGCAAAAUCAGAUCGACAGUCUCCAUGAUUCGAUUAAAAAGUUGAAGAAAGCUGUCAAAAUCUACACAAAACGAUUGAAAGAACCAGACGUGAUGGCGGCCAACAUGGAGUUAGAGCAAGAACUGGCCCAAGAAGCAAACAUGCCUUUGGUGAAGUAUCAUCAGGAGCGUCAUUGGACCGCAAUGUUGGAGUACAAAAAGGAGGAUGAGAAUUAUCUUAUAAGGAAUUUGAUUCUAGACUUGAAGCCUGAAUCAAUGUUGAAGGAGAGGCCACACCUACCCUCGUUCAUCCUCUUCAUGUGCAUCAGACACACUGAUUACAUGAAUGACGAUGACAAAGUUCGAGGACUGCUGACCAACAGUAUCACAAACAUCAAAAGAAUUGUCAAGAAAUCACCCAACGACCUUGGUAGAGUGACAGCCUGGCUAGUAAACUCGUUGAGUCUCCUGAACUGUCUCAAGCAGUACAGUGGCGAAAAGGUGUUCCAGGUGGAGAACACAGCCAAGCAGAAUGAACAUUGUUUGAAGAACUUCGAUCUAUCGGAGUACCGUCAGAUACUGAAUGACCUGGUCGUCUGGGUCUACCACGUGGCUGUCAAAUACGUUGAAUCGAAGAUUCAGAACAUGAUUGUUUCGGCGAUCCUUGAGAACGAAUCGAUUUCGGGGUGUUCGACCGGAAAACCGACAAGUAUCCGACAGGUAUCGUCACAUCCGAUAGAUGGCGUGGAUGAAGUCAAGACCUACAACCCUGAUGACAUCAUCAAAAUUAUGAAUGACGUAAUGCAGAAUUUGUGCGCUCACAAUGCCGACAGUGACGUCAUCAGACAACUCUUCAGACAGGUGUUUUAUUUCAUCUGUUCUACUGCCUUGAAUACUCUGCUACUGAGAAAAGACUUGUGUCAUUGGAUGAAAGCCGUGCAAAUAAGGUACAAUGUCAGCCAGUUGGAGCAGUGGGUACGCGACAACAAACUUCAAGAUGGCGGGGUGACGGACAGUUUGGAGCCCCUCGUCCAGGCCACUCAACUUCUGCAGGCCCGCAAGACAGAGGCCGAUGUCGACAGCAUUUGUGACGUUUGCUCCAAACUCACCAUGCCACAAAUUAUCAAAAUCUUGAAUCUGUACACACCGGUUAACGAGUUCGAGGAGAGAGUUCCCAUGAGUUUCAUCAGGAAGGUGCAGGAAAAAAUGAACUCACAGCAGCAGCAGCAGCUGGAUGGUCAACAAUUCGAUGCCCAACAACAACAGCAACAACAAUCGUUGAUGAUGGAUACAAAAUAUUUCUACACUGUUAACUUUGAAUUCAAAGCUUCUAAUGUGUGCCUUGAACAGCUCGACAUACCAGAAUCUUGGGGCCUGGGUUUUCUUAAGAAAAUCUGAAAUCAUCAAAAUUGUUCAUUUCUUUAAUUUUUUUGUGAUAUAUUAGGAAUUAUACACAUUAUACACAUAAUCUGAUGUUAUUAUUAUUCAUUUAUUCACCUAUUUACAAUUUAGUCUGCAGUACAGUCAAUGAAGUAGCUUAACUUGAGGGACGAAAUAAUCUCUGAACGGAACUGCGAUAUCCAUUUUUCCAUCUGUACGAUGUCGGCACGCACCCAUCUAAUCAACGCACGUCAUCAAUGUUAAAUGAUUCAAAUUUAAUUUAUCUACUCGAUUGAACGUACGCACAUCACAAGGAGUAUGUCUUAUAUUAUUAUUAUUACUAGGCUUUUUUUUAUUCAUUUCAAAUUAUUCCUUGUAAAUUUUAUUUGGACUAAACAAUUAUGUUACAAUUUAACUAAUUCAGUAAUAUCAUCAUCAUACGCUAUCUAUUGUGACAGACAUUCAAAUGUAUA